GUUUAAUAUUAUACGUUGUUUUUGUGUCUACAAUUUCAAAUUUUAUUUUUCAGGACGACAUGAAUAAUAACUAGAAAGUUAUAUUUCAUGUAAUCUCUCCUCAUGAAAUAUCUUCUAUUUAAGUUAGUCUUCUGCCUAAUUGAACUAAUGAUUCAUUGUUCUCUACGUUUUUUGGAAGUGAGCGUUACAUCAAUAGUGCAUGAUAAAGUGAAGUCUCAGAAUCUGUGAGUAAUGCCUUAACAAUAUUAACGCAAGAGGAGCUGAAGACUGUUACAGCAAUAGAAGCAACAAAAUUAGUUCUUAAUGUAAAGGAUAUAAAAUUUAUUAAAUAUGGGUUACGCAGCAUGAAAGCUGUUACUGUUAUUUACAAACCUGAUCCAAUUAAUAACUAUUAAAGCUGCUAUUGCCACGAUCUUACAAAUUAUCAUAUCAAAAAUAUGUGCCUUAACAUUUGGAUUAUCAGGAAGUAGGAAUUUGUGAGUCCACGACGUGGUCCAGCGCUAAGCGGCCAAAUCCUAUUGAACACUAGAUUUGUGGAUUUACCUUGAUUCCAGCGUCUGCUUUACCUACGGUUAAAACCACUUUGACAUAAUGAAUUCACAGCAGGUUAUUUAGACGCAGCCGAUCAAACAGUCGCUAUAUUGUAAAAUAAAUACGUUUCAGUGUAUUGGGUUCCGGAACUUCUAGUAAAUACGCCCACUAGAAUUUACAUUUAACUUCACAACAGCAUAGAAAAGCUAUGAGAACUUCAGAAAACGUAUAUUAAAUUAGGGAUAUAUGUUUUUCUUGAAGAAAGACGGGUUGCUUGUACACAGGCGCGUCAGUUUUAUACUAGGCUUUUAUACAUAUAAGAACAUACUUUUCUAAUAAUUUUUAUGUCAGCAAUUAUUUAUCAUCCAUACAAAAGAAAAUACACGAACAGAGGUAUACCUCUUAUCACUCCUACACUUUAAUAUAGUACGUACGUAUAAAAAAUAGCAAUAUGGUACAACAAUUAAUUACUAGUAACAUAUAUACAAUAGUAUUGGAAUCAAAUAUACGUAAUAUAUAGUUUCAAUAGUACAUAACGCAUGGUAAUUAAACGAAACUAAGUAAAACCACAUCAUCUACAUUAAUGAUAUCCCUAUUAGGUAUAGAUCACUGCACGCAAUUAUGCAGUGUUGGUUCUGCAACGUUUUGCAAAUACAGAGAAUUCAGUGAAAUCGUAGUAUAGAUAUCAAAAUAUAUUUUACACCGUCGAGUGUAGAUACCAUCGUCAAUAUUGUCACGUCAGGGGUGCCAUAAACCGAUAUAAAUCUGAAAGCACAUGAGAUAAAUUCCCAGCGCGUUGAGAAUCUCGUAAAAAUGGCUACCAUGAAAAAUAAUCCCAUAACAAUAUUUUCGCAAAUCAUAGCCAGACCGCGAGUCCACAAACGGCAAAAGCUGGGAAGCCGUUACUAUAAAUAGGUUACGGAGCCAUAAAAUCAGCUCGCGAGCAAUGAAAAUGGUUUCAGGCAGAAGUGAUUAGCCUGACCUAUGCGAUGUACACGUACAUCCACGAUACCGUAGUAUCCAUGAAAAUCAAAAAUUCUCGUUCCAAACUCCUUUAUUAUCCCCGCGCAGUGUUCUGACAUUGACCGAUGCUAAAUUACGUUUCAAGGUCAUUUCAUCCCUUGCACCAUGGAGUACCGUCAAUCCAUUUUAUUCCGUUGAAGUUCUCUUCGGGACGACGCCGCCGCCAUUUUGGUUUUCAGUUUCCUUGUCGAAAUUUUCCGUCUACCUGUAUCCAAAGAUGAUUAGAUUUUGAAAGGCUUAUCGCUAUAUUUUUGCAAUCGGUACCACAUGCCUAUUUUGGUUUAUUAAUUUUAUUAUUGUUUUGCUAUAUUAGGUCCAGUUUCUAACGUAGAACUUAUAUAUAGGCUUUAUGGCGGAAGAAACAGCAUCUAUACGUUACCGCAUACUCUCUGCUACUCUGGUAGGGCUGAGAACUCAGACUCCGAGAUACAUACACGGAUUCAGUCUCGAAGCGCCAGCCUCGCUGCCGAGCCGGUUCACUCAUAUCGGCAUUGCCGUCCUGCCUGUGCGAUCAUUUUUCCAUCCGAGCCACGUGUUCGUGCCGAUCGACGAUUUUUUGAAUGAAAACUUAAAGCGAUCCGGCCAAUCCGAUCGUUACCCGCAUCACGAUCUUAUUGGAUUUACAUAGUGGUGUGAACGCUCGCGAAAUUUCAGAUCAUAAAAAUUAUUUAUCGCGGGGAUUCCCCUUUAUCGCGCUCAGACAUUCGCGCGCGGGACGCACACGGAAAAUGUACUGCCAAGCGCAGUGCGUGCUUUGCUUUUGGUAGUUUUUGUCAUUUGUGUUACAGUGAUCUUUUUUAACAAGGCAAAUUUUCCAAGAUGAGACACCUAGCUGUUAUAGGGUUGCUUCUUUCUGUCUUUGCUGCAGGUUCAUUAGCUGGCUGUCCGCAAGUGGUGGCACCGCAAUGGGGCGCUGUACGAGAAAGAGUCCUGAAGGAUGGAUCCUUGCAGACAGUCUACUCCUGCUCACCAGGAAGACGAUUAAAGGGACGCAGGAUCCUCACGUGCACGAAUCACGGUUGGGAUUAUCCGGUACCGAAAUGCGUAUCGUUUGACGAAAAAUCGCAAAAGCACCGUGGUCGUCCGUAUAUGGGCGAUGAGCCGCUGGUGUCACUUGAGCGACUUCAGUCCAGAAGGCGGAUGGGUGAGCUCAAGAGGAGGAAGUUCCGUAAGCGUCUUCUAGAUAAAUCAUUCUCGGAAGCUCCCGUAGUCACGCCGAGCUUUAGCCUGAAUGAAACUGUGGCCAGUAGGCUGGACCUGAGUUGUUUCAUGAAAGCUAAGGGUAAGGGUUUACUGAAAGCUCCUCAGCUGGAGUACGCUCGUCCUGCUAAGUAUGCCAGGAGGAAGAACCCAUUGCCACCCUACAACAAGUAUCUGGUGGCUGUCUACGAAUGCGAACCUGGAUACGUCUUUAUGGAUCCUAUGGCCGAUCGUCUUUACUGCAGUGACGGGACGUGGCUGGGCGACCAGCCCAUGUGCGUCGACAAGGCUCAGGUGACGCCGCUUCAGGAUAUGAGAAAGUGCGGCGAGGACAGAGGAGGGUGCGAUCAUGUUUGCGAGGACACUGCCACAGGACCCAGAUGCUCCUGCUUUGAAGGAUUUCAUUCGAAAGGAUCUUCCUGUCUAGAUAUUGACGAGUGUCAAGAAGGUACGGCAGGCUGUGCUGAAAUCUGCCUCAAUGAUCCGGGUUCAUUUCAUUGUGAAUGUCGUAAGGGUUUUCAAUUGGAUGCCGAUGGCCGAUCUUGCCAAGACGUAAACGAGUGCCUUUUGAACAACGGGCACGGACCCUGCCAAGGUACUUGUCACAAUUUAGAUGGCGGCUAUGAGUGCAGCUGCACGGAAAUACCUGGGUAUAAGCUCGCUGCGGAUAAUCACACCUGCGAGGACGUUGACGAAUGUGCUGAGAACAAUGCCGGUUGCUCGCACAAUUGUCUCAACACACCAGGCAGUGUAUUUUGUUUGUGUCCUGACGGAUUCCGAUUGGCUGACAACUGGAAGACUUGUGAGGAUAUUAAUGAGUGCGAGAGCGAUGCGAAUGACUGUGGGGAGGACGAGGAGUGUCGGAAUUCACUAGGAUCUUACAAGUGCAUUUCUAAGCCUAAAAGCAUCACUAAGGUCCUGCAGAGCGAGGAUUAUGAUGCCGAGGACGAUGAUGAGGAUGAUUACGAGGACGAGGACGUUACUGAGCUUCCUGAGAGCGAGAAGUGCGAGGACGGAUUCAAAAGGAACGAAAUGGACGAAUGCAUUGAUAUCAACGAGUGCAUAGAAGGAGACGAGGGGGAACCUCAUGGCUGCCAACACGAGUGCGUUAAUGAAGACGGAGGAUACUACUGCAGCUGCAAUAAAGGAUAUGACAUCCAGGACGAUGAUGUUUCUUGUGUGGAUAUUGAUGAGUGUGACAAGGAUCCGCCCUGUUCACACGUGUGCAAUAACACAGAGGGUUAUUAUCGCUGUUCCUGUCCUGAAGGAUUCUCUUUGGAAGCUGAUAAUCAUACCUGCACCGAGGAUCAAGAAAAGAAGGACUGUGAUAACUUAGAUCCUCCAUGUUCCCAUAAGUGCAACGAUACUGAAAAUGGUCCUGUUUGCCAGUGUCCUUCGGGAUAUAAGUUGGACCAGGAUCAAAUAUCCUGUCUGGAUAUAGACGAGUGUACCCAAGGACUCUGUUCUCAUAGUUGCGUUAAUCUAGAAGGAAGUUUCGUGUGCUCCUGUCCCGAAGGAUUAGAACUUGAAUCCCAUGAGAAAUUCAAUUGUACUGACGUCAAUGAGUGUAUUGGAAAUCAUGGCUGCCAACACGAGUGUCACAAUGUGCAUGGUAGUUAUAAAUGCAGUUGUUCUUCGGGCUACGUCCUUAAGGACGAUGGGAAAACUUGUAAGGAUCUGGACGAGUGUAUGAGCGAUCAUCUUUGCUCACAUAGCUGUGAGAAUUUGUUAGGAAGUUACAAGUGUAUUUGUCCUUCUGGUUAUGAAUUGUCACAGGAUAAUAUCACCUGCAAGGAUAUCAACGAGUGCGAACAGAGUCCUGAUUGUUCUCAUGGAUGCAGUAAUAUCGAGGGUUCCUAUAAAUGUGAUUGUCCCGAAGGGAUGUCCUUGGGGACGGAUGAGAAAUCCUGCGUGGAAUCUGGUGGCUGCGCUGUGUUAUCUUGCUCGCAGGAUUGCGUCAAGGAACAGGAUACGUACCGAUGCGUGUGUCAGGAUGGGUUUGUUCUUUUAGAGGAUGGCAGGACCUGUCAGGAUCUAGAUGAGUGCGCCGAAGAUGAGCAUGACUGUUCGCACGACUGUAUCAAUGUGCCAGGAAGUUACAAGUGCGCGUGUCCUGGGAACUUGAAACUUCAUGAUGAUGGGCUUACCUGUGAGGACGGACAGUGUCCUGAAGGACUUCGACAGGACGAGGAUGGGGAGUGUCAGGAUAUUGAUGAAUGCGCUGAGAAGGAUCACGACUGUUCUCAUACGUGUCUCAAUGAAUAUGGAACGUAUCGUUGUGCGUGUCCUGUAGGAUUACGUUUGGCUGAAGAUGGAGUUGGUUGCGAAGGGUCUGAUCCUUGCGGGAAUUCGUCCUGUUCUCAUUUGUGUGUUCACGAGGGCGGAAGCUAUAAGUGCGAGUGCCCUUCCGGCUAUGAUCUUCAGGAUGAUGGUUUUACGUGCAAGGAUAUAGACGAGUGCAAGGAUCAGAUUAAAAAUAAUUGUACUGAUGGAUGUGAGAAUCAUGAAGGAUCCUUUAGCUGCUUGUGUCCUGAAGGAUAUCGGCUUCAGGACGACAAGCGCAGCUGUGCUGACAUCGACGAGUGCGUUGAUCGAACUCAUAAAUGUAGUCAUACCUGUACAAAUACUGAGGGGGGAUACAAGUGUUCGUGUCCUUCAGGAUUUUAUUCCCUGGAUGACGAAAAAUCUUGCAAGGACAUUGACGAGUGCGAGGAUCAUGACUUCAGCCAUCAGUGUUCGCAUGCUUGUGUCAACACCAUUGGCAGUUACAACUGCACGUGUCCUCCAGGAUUCAUACUUGAUGCUAAUCAAAGGACCUGCAAUCCAGAAAAAGAUCCUUGCCAGCAGGAUCAAGGCUGUUCGCAUAUCUGUGAACAGGACGGUGGAAAAAUUCGAUGCGAAUGUCCUGAAGGGUACGAGUUGUCGGUGGAUGAAAAAAAUUGUCAAGACGUUAACGAAUGUGCGGAAGGAACCCACGAGUGUUCGCAUUCUUGUAUAAAUCAAGAGGGAUCGUACAAUUGCGAUUGUCCUGAAGGAUACGAAUUAAUGGAGGACGAGAGAACUUGCCAGGACAUUAAUGAAUGCCAGAGUAAUCAUAACUGUAGUAAUAUAUGUACGAAUACCGAAGGCUCCUUCGAAUGUUCAUGUCCGGAAGGACAUCGGCUUUCUAACGACUCCAAGACUUGCGAGGAUCACGACGAGUGCAGCGAGGAUCACGGCUGUUCCCACGAAUGCAUUAAUCUUCCAGGAAGCUUCCGUUGCGAAUGUCCUGCAGGAUUUAUUCUGGGAAAUAAUUCCCUCACUUGUCAGGAUUAUGACGAGUGUCACGAGAAUCACGGCUGCUCUGACAUUUGCAUCAAUCAGCAUGGAAGUUUCCGCUGUUCUUGUCCCGAAGGUUACGCUCUCGACCAGGACGAGAGGACCUGCAAGGAUAUAGACGAAUGCGUUGAAGGACACGAAUGCUCUCACACCUGCACCAAUGAACCUGGUGCCUACAGUUGCAGUUGUCCAGCCGGCUACGUCCUUGCUAAGGAUGAAAGAAGUUGCCAGGACCUCGACGAAUGUGCACAGGACGAAAAUGAAUGUUCCGACGAAUGUGUUAACACAGUAGGAAGCUUCAUCUGCGCCUGUCCCGAAGGAUUUUUACUUGACGAGCACAAGCGCACCUGCAAGGACCUUGACGAAUGUGCAGAAAAUCUGCACGAGUGUUCCCACGGGUGUGAAAAUUUCGAUGGCGGCUAUUACUGCUAUUGUCCUGAGACCAUGGCGAUCAGCCAGGAUAACAAGACCUGUGUAGACAUAGACGAGUGUUCCCUGGAGCACAACUGCACUCACACCUGCGUUAAUAUUGUUGACGGGUACAGGUGCGAGUGUCCUUCAGGAUAUACUCUAGAUCCUGACGGUCGGACCUGCAUAACCAUAGAUCAUUGCGGUGACGAUCAUGGCUGCUCUCACAGCUGCGUGAACGUCGAAAACACAUAUUUCUGCGAGUGUCCUAUAGGAUACACCCUGAAACAGGAUAACAGGACCUGCAAGGAUAUCGACGAAUGCAUAGAAGGCAACGAAGUUGAUAACGCCUGUUCUCACGAGUGCGUCAACACUCUGGGAAGUUACUUUUGCGAAUGUCCUCGUGGAUAUAAAAUUGGAAAGGAUGGCAAAACAUGCGAGGAUAUUAACGAGUGUAUUCUGGAAAACGGCGGAUGUUCCCACUUGUGCGCCAACACGGAUGGCGGUAUGGAGUGUGCUUGCCCGAAGAAUUAUCGACUCCUCGAGGACGACGGGAAGACCUGCGUCGAGAUCGAUGAAUGUUUCAUCGACAAUGGCGGGUGUUCUCAUUUCUGUCACUAUGAAAGUGGUAACAUAACCUGUACGUGUCCCGAAGGCAUGACCCUGUCCGAGGAUGAGUUUCAUUGUCUGGAGGAAGACAAGUGUCGUGCCGAUAAUGGCGGUUGUUCCGAUAUCUGUGUCUCCGCUAACGGCACUGUCGACUGUCAAUGUUCCCUUGGCUUUGAAUUGUCCACAGAUAAAAAGACCUGUAUUGACAUCGACGAGUGCAUUAGAAACGAGGAUAACUGCACUCACGUCUGCAGAAACAAGGAGGGUGGUUUCGAAUGUGACUGCAACGAAGGAUUCGUUAUUAAUCCAACGAACGAUGCUUUGUGCGACGAUGUAAACGAAUGCGAUAACGAUAACGGCGGCUGUUCACAGUCGUGCUUCAAUACCGUUGGCUCCUACUCCUGCAGCUGCUUAUCGGGUUACAUCUUGGAUCACGAUAACUCAACUUGCCUCGAACAAAAUGAAUGCAAGCUCAAGAAUGGUGGCUGCUCUCACAACUGUCACAAUGAUAACGGCAGCCCACUUUGUUCCUGUCCGCCAGGAUACGAACUGAAACCGGAUAAGAAAACCUGCGUCGAUAUUAACGAGUGCAAAGAAUUUGAAAACGACAUAGACUCCGGUUGUUCCCACGAAUGCGUCAAUUUGGAAGGCAGCUACCACUGUCAGUGUCCCGCAGGAUACGUGCUGCUGCCGGAAGAUAAGAAAACCUGCGUCGACGUAAACGAGUGUUUGGCUGAGAGUCACAAUUGUUCACACAACUGUUUGAAUUUGUUAGGCAGCUACGUAUGCAGCUGUUACACCGGACACUAUCUGCACUCUGACAUGUCGUCUUGCUUGGAUAUCGACGAGUGUCAACGGAAUAACGGCGACUGCUCGCACGGUUGCACCAAUACCAUUGGCGGUUACUUUUGCAACUGUCCUGAAGGACUGCAGCUGUCGCAGGACGAACGCACCUGCAUCGACGUCAACGAGUGCAAAACCGGCGUCGCAAAGUGUUCCCACGAGUGUAUCAAUACUCUUGGCUCCUGGAAGUGCAUCUGCCCUGACGGCCACGUGCUCUCGAACGAUUCCCGCACCUGCAUCGACGUCGACGAAUGCAAGGUCAACAAUGGCGACUGUUCUCAUGCCUGCUUCAAUACCGCCGGUGGAGUCAAGUGCAGCUGUCCCGUGGGGCUGCAGCUGCAUCUUGAUCAGAAGACAUGUCGCGAUGUCGAUGAAUGCGUUGUUGAUAACGGGAGAUGUUCGCAUAUUUGUAUCAACGUCGAAGGAUCCUUCAAGUGCAGCUGCCCUAAAGGAUUUCAUCUAGGAGCUGAUCACAGGACCUGCCAGGACGUUGAUGAGUGCGAGAACGAAAAUGGCGGCUGCUCGCAUAUCUGUGUCAAUAGGCCAGGAUCGUUUCAUUGCGAUUGCCCUGCGGGACACGUUUUGAGGAAUAGCAAGAUCUGUCACGCCUCGGAUCCUUGUGAUAAGAAUAACGGAGGAUGUGAACAUAUCUGUGAGAAUUCUAACGGGAUUCCUCGUUGCUCCUGCAGAAAAGGAUUUAGAGUGGCUGAAACUGAUUCGUCCAAGUGCGUCGAUGUUGAUGAAUGUGCUGCUCCAAACGAUUGUGAACAUUACUGCGUGAACACUGUCGGCUCGUACAGGUGCGGGUGCAAGGAUGGAUUCUAUAUGAGAAACUCAACGUGCAUUGAUAUAGACGAGUGCGCUAAAGGCAGACCGUGCAAAGGAAUGUGCAUAAAUACACAAGGUUCUUAUCGUUGUGCAUGUGCUCCUGGCUUUCGCGGCGAUGGAAACGUUUGCGCGGAUGUAAACGAAUGCGAAUUGAAUAAUGGCGGAUGUGCACACGAAUGCGUGAAUACUAUGGGAUCAUAUAAGUGCACAUGUCGUCCUGGAUUCAUUUUAAAUUCUAGAAAUAAAUCUCUGUGUCAGGAUUUAAACGAAUGCUUAACUCGAAAUGGCGGAUGUAACGGGGAUUGCGUUAAUACACCAGGAAGUUUUUAUUGCGUAUGUGGAGACGAGAUGGUCUUAGCACCCGAUGAAAGGACCUGUAUCGAUCGUGACACUAGAUGCCUUGCCAUGGAGAUACCUGCAUAUGCUGACAUCAGAUGUCCGGGACAUCCUUCAAGAUCUAAGGAUUAUCCUCAGGGAGCAAGGUGUCAUAUCCGUUGCAGAGAAGGAUUCAAACUCGAAGGACCAAGUACCAGGUACUGCACUGCAGGAGGUCGAUGGAAUGGACGUGAACCAUUAUGCAUAUACGAUGACGGAGUAUCCAGGACCUACGGUUGCCAAGGUGGACGCAGGAAUUGUACCACUACAUUUCGUCGGGUUCUCCUACCGGACAUGCCACGACCCUUUAUUAGAUGUCCCAGUGACGUAGAUAUGGAACUUCCGUUACGUCAGAAUACGGUACGAGUUUCCUUUCCGCAGCCCAAGUCUAACAUGGACUGGUGGAGAUACAUAGAAGCGUCUCCGGCUUGGGGAAAACAAUUGCAGGCUGAUCUGGGUGCAGGGACCACAGUUGUUACGUUCACUGCUUGGUCACCAGUUUCCAAUUACACCAGUAGUUGCAGGAUCGUCAUACGUGUACGGGAUACAGAGAAUCCGAAAGUAUCAACUUGUCCCACUUCGUUUGAGGUACGGCUAAAUCCUGGCGAACGUAAUCGACUGGUAUUCUGGCAGGAGCCAAGGUUUACGGAUAACGUGAAGGUUGAUCACGUCUACAAAACGAGGCAACCAGGACAGUCCCUGUAUCCAGGAACUCACAAUAUUCACUACGUUGCUUCUGACGCAGCCGGAAAUCGGGCCGAGUGCCAUUUUUCGAUACACGUACGAGAAUCGGAGCAGCAUCGCGAAUCCGAGCAUAGGACCUACAGGAAGAUGCUCAUGUGCCCCGGUAGACCGCCACAGCCUUUACCUGCAUCGGUUUAUACGAUACCCAGAGGAUGCUAUAUGCGCUACACAAGGAUCUUCUCCGGGACCUAUGCACUUCAGCACUAUCAGAGCCUCCAAGAUGGGUAUCAGGACUCCCGAGCUGCUUAUCACCAGGUUCAUCCUAUAAUACGUACUCAGCAUCCCCAAGGAACACGAGCUUAUCAGCUCGUCGACUGUAAGUAUUCCACGCAGCAGCAACAGUACAAUAUGCAACAACAGUAUCGUCGGCAACAACUGCAAAGACAACAGCAAUACAGACUUCGGAAAAGUGACUACGGUGGUCAGUUGUCGGGGUACGCUCGUGGUCGAGUGGAAACGAGGAUCCUACCACGUCGCAAAUGCUGCACGUAAAUAAUGUCGGAGAGCCGAGAGAAAAUAAAGAGAACGCAAUAUAACGCGAGCUAUCGCUGGCUGCUACAGUAACGUAAAUAACCACUUAGAUCAAGACAUAUAUUAAUGUACCAGAGCGAGAUCAAAGUUCCUCAAGUAAAUUUUCGAGGUUAGGUGGAUAAAGGUGGAUCGUGGACGAAGAGUUCAGGACCUCUGGCUGAUUAAUCGAUAUAUCAUUUGAAUGGAUGGAUGAUUCUUGGAUUACCAAUAUCCGACCAUCUUCGUCGAAUAAAUGAAAUCCAACUUGAUACAUAUAUAUACAUACUUGUAUGUAUAUACAUAGCUUAUUAUAGCUUACUGCCGAUAUUAUAAUAAUUUACAAACAAUUUUUUCAUCUUGUUGCACUAAUUCAUUUAUUUGUUCCUCUUUUCGGCUUUGAAAAAUAAAAGGAGAAGACGUCGAAGAAAUCGAUGCAGCUUCGUUCGAUGGUAACACGUGCCCUUAUUAGGUUUCUUUUAAUAAGUGUGUUGUAAUUUGUAUAUUUGACAGGUAAAUUUUAUACAUUCAUAAUAUUGUGUAAUAUAAUUAAUCGUUAUUGUAACAACGAUAUGCGAAUGGCGCAUGGAAUAAUAAUAAAUAAUAAUAAAGAGAAGAUACACAUAUAAGAAUGAAA